CCCCUGGUCCAAAUCCAAGUGUUUUUCACAUAUGAGAGCCAUAUGUGAGCCUCUGAUUGAACAAGGAGGAAGAAUACGCUUCUUUGUUUCCCUUUGAUACGAGUGUUAAGAGCCUGGAAAGUCCUGCCCUGGUUCAGUCUGAGAAAACAACACAGCUGCAGAAGUACAUCUCUGAAACACUGCAAACGCCAUUUUGAGAAACAAUCUCUACGUGCUCUUCAGUGGUAAGACAAAAUGAAUUCAACAUCAGAUUAUGAAGGAGAUUAUGAUGGGGAUUAUUUAAACGAACUCCAAAAAAAAGUAAAAGCAGGAAAUCCUGAUGAUUUUCGAGCUGGUCACUGCAAGGAUGCAUUAUGUGUGAUCACAGUCAUUGUUAAUGUGAUAAUUUUCCUUCUCGGCAUCGUUGGAAACGGUGCGGUGAUCUGGAUUACUGGUUUUAAGAUGAGAAAGUCAGUGAACACCACCUGGUACCUGAGCCUGGCUUUGUCUGACUUCAUUUUCUGCUCUACUCUGCCUCUGAGCAUCAGCAGAAUAGUUAUGGACACCUGGAUCUUUGGCCUCUUCAUGUGCAAGUUCACCUCAUUUGUUAUGACCCUCAAUAUGUACAGCAGCAUCUUCAUCCUGGUCAUCAUUAGUGUGGAUCGCUGCAUCGCCGUCAAGUUUCCCGUUUGGGCCCAGAAUCGACGCACUGUGCAGAGAGCUUCUUUAGUGGUUUUGUUGGUUUGGUUUGUGUCUGCUUUGCUUAGCAUUCCAGCUGCCUACUUCAGAAAUGUUGCAGAUAAACCACACGUAGUGAUAUGUUAUUCCCAUUAUGAGCAUCAUCACAGUACCAUUGUGUUUACACGCUUCACUUUUGGGUGUCUGAUUCCACUCCUGAUGAUUUCCACAUGUUACUCUAUUCUAAUUUGUAAACUUAGAUCAAACCAAAUAUCCAAAUUUACUAAGCCCUACAAGAUCAUGACGUUACUGAUCACAGCUUAUUUCCUCUGCUGGUUACCUUUUCAGAUAGUUUCUAUUGUAGAGUUGAGCCAAACUAAGCACAGUACUGCCAUGUACAGAGCCCAACAAGUAUCUGUUACUCUUGCCAGUGUGAACAGCUUUCUAAACCCUUUACUUUAUGCAUUCAUGGCCAAAGACUUUAAGAAGAAAUGCUAUUCCUUUCUGUCCAAGAUUGAGAGUGCCCUUAAUGAGGAGACCUAAUCAAUUUCAAAGCAACAUCAAUCAUCAAUUCUGAGGAGUUUCCAAUGUUGUCUGAAACGACAUGUCUACUUAUUCUCUUCUAAAAACAAACAAUCAAACACAUUAACUAACUUUUAAACACUAGCACUCUUUAAUCUAUUCUUUAUUACUGUAUGUGUUCUUUUGCAGCUUUGGAAUAUAAACUAAAGAUAUACAUAAAGUUGAAACCAGAAGUUUACAUACACUCUAAAAAGAGGAACAUAACCAUUUUUUUUAAAUGUCUGAUGGUAAAUCAUACUAAACGUUUACUAU